CACGUCAUAAUUGUAUUGUCUAACUUGUGCGUCAACAUGUGAAUGACAAAAUAUCGUAGAUUUUAUGAACAAUUUAUGUUCAUUCUGCAGCCUCUCAUAGUGUAAUGGAGCCUAUUUGUCAAAACAAACCAGAGUGUUGUAUUUUCACUAAUGAUUACAUCAACGGCAAUUUAGCUGUAAUCUGAAUAAUUUCAUCGCGUCAAGGACGGCGGCCCCUUUAAGUGCCGACGUGCUUCAUACGUCAUUACGUAAUUUUACGACGCACACCCCGGACAUGGUCCAAGUCAGCGGCAGACAAGUCGGCAAGUUGAUGGAUUUUAUCAUUUCUAAACGCAUGAAUAUCACAUAUUCAGGGAGAGGACCACACAGUCUGAAUGCAGCUGUUAAAUGUAAAGUGUCCUCUAUUUAAACAUGUAAUAUAUGGCUGAUAAAAUACAACAUAACGCCACAUGUGUGAUAGCUUCAGGUCAGGUUCGUGAAUAUCAACAAACAGAAUGAUCUACAUCAUCAUGGGAGUCUCUGGCUCUGGAAAGAGCACUUUUGGGGAGUUUCUAUCAGAAAAGCUCGGUUGGCCAUUUCAUGAAGGAGAUGACUUCCACCCUCCGGAGAACAUUGAGAAGAUGUCUCGUGGUGAACCACUCACAGACCAGGACAGAUUUCCUUGGCUUCUCAAACUACAUGAGGUCAUUGAGAGUGAAAGGAGUUCAGGCUCUGAUGCUCUUGUGGUGUGCUCAGCCUUGAAACGCCUUUAUAGACAGAUCCUGCUUCAUGGAUCCAAAGCCCUCUGUUCAUUUGUGGAUCCUGAUCACCCAAUCCUACCUCCCACCAUUCCUGAUGUCUUUUUUCUGUUCAUGCACGGUGACUAUAAUCUCAUUCACCAUAGGAUGGUGGCCCGGAGAGGACACUAUAUGAAAGAGAACCUGCUUCGGUCCCAGUUUGAAGCUCUAGAACCUCCCUCAGAUGACGAGAACGUGCUGCUGCUGGACAUUAGGAUGAGCAUCACAGCCAUGGCUGCAGAGGUCGAAAAGCACCUCAUCAGCCUCAAUACAGCAGGGGUACAUCAAACAGACUGUGACAAACAACAAUAACCAAAAACCUAAAGUUAAUAUCUUAAAGGGAUUCUAUGUGGGGUCAGUAUUCCAAGCUCUUAACAGGAGGAGGGAGUCACAUACCAGAACACGCUUACAACUACCAAAACCACCAACGAAUCAAUGACAUGUAUCCACAUCACUCACCAAAUAAAGCUCAUUGUUUA